CAGAGAACGUAUAAUCAGAGAACGUAUAUUUAACGUUCUCUGCUGUCAUACAGCGAUUUUUUUUGACAAGAAAUACGGCAGUAUCAGCGAGCGCAGCAGCUUUUGCUAAAUUUUCCAAUUGUUUUACGUGUAAAAAAACUAAAAACAAAACCGAAGCAAAAUGACCAACGCAUGGAGAGCAGCUGGACUUACCUACAUCCAAUACUCGAACAUCUGCGCUCGUGUUGUGCGACAAGCACUGAAGACUAACCUCCGUAAUGAUGCUGCCAAGCGCAACGAGACUCAUGUGAAGUUCACUCCAUGGGCUAACGGUAAACCAGCACAUGAGAAGUAAAGUGUAGCUACAAGCUAGUUAUUUAUAUUAGCCUAAACAACGUAUGCGAUGUUGCCGCACUGAAGAAGUCUAAGGCUGCUUUUGGCAUACAAUCGCAUUUAUCGCUUUAGCAACCGACGACAUCAUGGUUAAUUACAGUUGUAUUGCAGGAAUUUCCGUUUCUGUAUGCGCUCGAGUAAUAAUAAAUUAAGAAAAUAUGAAAUAACAGUGAAAAA